UGACUUUCGUCAAGGACUUUCCUGGAAGCAGUCUUGACUUGUUUGGUUGUUAAAAGUGCCUCCGGAAAUACGAAUGAAGGCAGGCAUUUCUGGUGCUAAGCACAAACAGUGUCAUCAGCGGUUGGUAGUAUGAAUUCAACAACAAAUUUUUGUGGGCAGUGUUUAUAUGCCAACGAACAGUUCCUUCAGAAUGCAGGGGAGAGGUGCCACCGUGGCUGAAGAAAACAGGACGAAGAGCCACGGCAACUGUUUGCCAUGGAAACCUGCACAUCAGUUCUUCCUUCUGUUACUGAGCUACUCUUUUGGGCGAGGUGGAUGUAUAAGCUGCCAAUUGCAUAACAACAAUGGUACAGGUACGCACUUAGCUUUUAUCACGGCAGGCACUGUUAAGCAACAUGUCAUCUCCAAGGGCUUUCAGAGCAUCUCCUGUGCGGCUGUCAACUUCUGCCGCAUACGAUGGUACCGUCUCUCAGCAGACGCCCGCACGAUGGAACCCUACCCUUGGGACUUGGGCAAUUUCACGAUCGUGGCACCGGUGGAUGCCAAUCAGACCCUGCGCUUUCAGUCCGCUGACGACGCGGCAGAGGGAUCCUACGUUUGUGUCGCCUCCAACGGAACACACCAGAUCAACAGAUCCACCCAUCUGACAGUGGAUGUGAGGUAUUGGACCGGCGACCCUCUGCAGCUUCAACACAAGCUCUGCCACAACCGCACGGCGGAGGUGGGCCAGAACGUGACCCUGUUCUGCCAGUUCUAUGUGGGCCUGGAGGUGCGGCUAACGACCGUCUACUGGCGCCGGCCCAACACCUCCCUGCCGCAGGAGCAGUGGUCGGGCUGCGGCCAGGGCUGGGACUGGCUGGGGAUCGGCGUGCUGCGGAAGGUCUCCCACUACACCACCUACCACAUGAGGCUCAUCCAACACAUGAAUGACUCUGGCAGCGAGACACCCUGGAUCGGCAGCAGGCUGGAUAUCGUCAAUGUCAGCGAAGAGGCAUAUGGAAUUUACUGCGUCAUUGCCAACAAUGGCGGCCAUUGGUCACGAGACGUCCUGAUGCUCAGCCCCCCAGAUGAAAAACCGAGGCCCGUUGUCCGGCACUACCAAGAGCUGCCCUGGGUAGUGGUGGGAUCAGCUUUCCUCAUGGUCAGCGUUUCUCUUCUGGUGUGGAAGAUGGUGGCGCUGGAGGUGAAACUCUGGUACCAUGGCCGCUAUGGGGACGAUGAGCAGAAUGGUGCGUCCAUGUGGCUUUUCCGUCAACAGAAAUCAAAUCGGUGAAUUUCAGUAAAACCACGGUGGCAUUUAGUCCACAUGCCUCUGCAGGUGGACGUACAGUGGUCCGAAAUGCUUUUGUGGGAUCCAUUUCCUAUUUAUUUUUGGUUUUUCAAUUCUGGUUGGUAACUUUUGUUCGUGGGUACUGCUGUGUUGUUUUUUUUACUUUGACUUGGGCACCAGUAAAGUUAGUCACACACACCGCGUUUAGGAGCAGAUCAACUGUGGCUGCAUCCGAAUCUCUUGUCUAGAGCUAGGUCUAGGUCUUCACUCCA